AUGAAAGCUUCAGUUAAAUUUCGAGAAAAUCAAAACCCAAUUCUCAAAGCCAAAAUCCCAUUAAAUACAUUAGGUAUCCCAUUCCGGUCUAGUAUUGAAACCAGCACUAAUUACGCCAAAGACAAAGAUUUAUGUUUGAGUUUCAGUACCUUAUACCAAUUCGGUCCGGUUCUGAAGUUGUUGUAUCGACCCAAUGAUUCACACCGGGCAUUCGGUUUGGUUAUUAAAACUGGAGUCGGAUCUCUCGGUUCUCCCAUUGAAGCUCCCAUGACCAUGAGUGCUGAGUUUAAUUUUGUCCAUAAUGGAAAUCCUAGCUUUUUCCUUCACUUUAAAUCUCAAUUAGGUGACUUCUCAAUAAGACGAUCAGUCAAUACGAAGAAAAUAAAAAACGACGACGCACAGAACAAAAAUGUCUUUAAGGAUGAAAAGAUUACGGAGGAGAAAAGCGGCAAAUUGACGUGGGCUGAUUUAUUUGCGGUGGAGGGAUUGUUUGGCGGCGAAGUGUGUGCGAGAACGAUGUUUCCGGUAAUGGGUAAGGUGGUGGGGAAGAUACAGUGGAGUUUGAAGUUUCCGGCAACUGAGAGUGGUUUUGCGAUGCCGUACAUGGUGGUUAACAAGUUGGGGAUCGAACACGUGGAGAUAAAGCAAAACUCACGAGGGAGUGGUGCUGACGUGGCUGAGGCGUGUUUGGCACUGAAGAAAGAGCUGGGUAAUUUGGAGCUAGAAAAAGAGUCGUUGUGGAAGCUUCACUAA